CCGCGAGCCGUCUGCGCUCCCCGGCCGGCCGGCUCCGAGCUGGUGCCCGGCGGGGCCCGCCCGAGGGCCGCGAAGGUGCGGCCGCUAGAGCCAUGGUGAUCAUGUCGGAGUUCAGCACCGCGGCGGUGGGCUCAGGCCAGGGCCAGCAGAAGCCCCUCCGGGUGGGCUUUUACGACAUCGAGCGAACCCUGGGCAAAGGCAAUUUCGCAGUAGUGAAGCUGGCCCGGCACCGAGUCACCAAAACCCAGGUUGCCAUAAAAAUCAUCGAUAAAACAAGAUUAGAUCCAAGCAAUUUGGAGAAAAUAUACCGAGAGGUUCAGAUUAUGAAGCUUUUGAACCAUCCUCAUAUCAUAAAACUUUAUCAGGUUAUGGAAACCAAGGACAUGCUUUACAUUGUCACUGAGUUUGCAAAAAAUGGAGAGAUGUUUGAUUAUUUGACCUCCAAUGGGCACCUGAGCGAGGAGGAAGCGCGGAAGAAGUUCUGGCAGAUUCUUUCGGCCGUGGAGUACUGCCACGGCCACCACAUUGUCCACCGGGACCUCAAAACCGAGAACUUACUGCUGGACAACAACAUGGACAUCAAGCUGGCAGAUUUUGGAUUCGGGAAUUUCUACAAGUCAGGAGAAGCCUUGUCCACAUGGUGCGGGAGCCCCCCGUAUGCUGCCCCAGAGGUCUUUGAAGGGAAAGAGUACGAAGGCCCCCAGCUUGACAUCUGGAGCCUUGGGGUCGUGCUGUAUGUGCUGGUCUGCGGCUCGCUGCCCUUCGAUGGGCCCAACCUGCCCACCCUGCGGCAACGGGUGCUCGAGGGCCGCUUCCGCAUCCCCUUCUUUAUGUCCCAAGACUGCGAGUCACUGAUCCGCCGCAUGCUGGUGGUGGACCCCGCCAAGCGCAUCACUGUCGCCCAGAUCAAACAGCACCGGUGGAUGCAGGCAGAGCCCACGCGGCCACAGCCCUCUUCCCUGGCCUUCCUGGCCCACGACUACAACUCCCACCUGGGCGACUACAACGAACAGGUGCUGGGCAUCAUGCAGACACUAGGCAUUGACCGGCGGAGGACUGUGGAGUCCCUGCAGGAUAGCAGCUACAACCACUUUGCUGCCAUCUAUUAUCUCCUCCUGGAGCGCCUGAAGGAGUACCGGAGCUCCCAGCUGCCCGCCCGCCCAGGGCCCACCCGGCAGCCCCGGCCCAGGAGCUCCGAGCUCGGUGGUUUUGAGGUGCCCCAGGAGGGCCUCACUGGUGACCCCUUCCACUUGCCCUUGCUGUGCCCGCAGCCCCAGACCCUGGGGCAGUCUGUCCUGCAGGUCGAGAUGGACUGCGACCUCAGCACCUCGCUCCAGCCCUUGUUCUUCUCCGUGGAUGCCAACUGCGAUGGAAUGUCCCACCACCGCUCCGUCUCCCCCAGCAGCCUGCUUGACACGGCCAUCAGCGAGGAGGCCAGGCACGGCCAGGGCCUGGAGGAGGAGCUGAAUGCACAGAAGCCACCAAGUGGCACGGGGCGGCGGCACACGCUGGCUGAGGUCACUGCCCACUUCUCCCCGUGCACCCCUCCAUGCAUCGUCAUUUCCUCGUCCUGUGCCACAGCAGCGGGCCCGUCUGAAGGAACCAGCUCUGACAGCUGCCUGACUUUCUCGGCAAGCGACAGCCCAGCAGGGCUCAGCAGCCUGGCCACCCAGGGGCUGGGGGGCGCCUGCUCACCGGUCCGAGUGGCUGCGCCGUGCCUGGGGACCCAGUCUGCCACCCCAGUCCUGCAGGCACAGGGGGGCCUGGGCUGCACCGUUCCACUCCCUGUCAGCUUCCAGGAAGGACGAAGGGCCUCGGAUACCUCCCUCACCCAAGGGCUGAAAGCUUUUCGACAGCAGCUGAGGAAGAACGCCAGGACCAAAGGAUUUCUGGGGCUGAACAAGAUCAAGGGGCUGGCCCGCCAGGUGUGCCAGCCUGCUUCCUCCAGCAGGGCUCCACGGGGUGGCCUGAGCCCCUUCCCACUCCCUGCACAGAACGCUGGCCCAUACAGCAGCGGGGGCAGUGGCCGGGAGGGCCGGAACCUCCUGGAACAGGUCCUUCACCAGCAGAGGCUGCUCCAGUUACAGCACCACCCGGCGGCCCAGCCCAGCUGCUCCCAGGCGCCCCCGCUGCCCCAGGCUCCCUAUGUCCUCGCCCCCUGUGACGGCUCUGGCGUCCCUCCACUCUCCAGCACCCUCCUGGUGUCGGGACUUCAGAAGGAGCUGGUGCUGGGGCCCAGCCCACUCCUGCCACCACACCUCUUUCCGGCUGCUGCCUCCCCCGCGGCCUCAGCGGCCCAGCUCCUGGACACCCACCUGCACAUCAGCUCCACUGCUGCCUCCCUCGCCUCCGCUGCAACCCCACAGCCCUGCUUCGCUGUGCUGCCCCCCAACUUCGAGCCUGCAGGGCUGGUGCAGGGGGACUGUGAGAUGGAAGACCUGACCGCGGGCCAGGUGGGCACCUUUGUGCUGGUGCAGUAAGGGCGCACGCCUGGCACCGGCCGCCACCGACUGUUCGAAGCAAUAAUUUCAGAGUAUGUGAAGACGUUUUCAGACUCAAAGCCAAUAACUUUCUGGAAGCGAAACAAGCAAUACGUUAGGCAUUUGGGCUUUUUUGUUGACUUUUCAUUUGCUUUGCUCUUUCCUUGCACUGAACAACUGCAACUAUGAGUAGGGACUGGAAACUUCCAGAAGAGAAAUAAUAAUCGAGGGGUGUGUCGUUGGGGUGGGUGAAUGGGCAGGGCGGGGAGGAAGGGAAGGCUGGGAUGGAGGGAGGUCCGGCCCCCACCCACCAUGGAUGGGGGCGACUUUAGACAUGGCGGUGUGGAGCUGGAGCAGGGGCGCCCUCAGGCACAGGCUCACAGAGGGGUGUGGGGGCGGUCACCUCUGAGGGGAUGGCGGCGUGAACCUGGUGUCCAUGGGACAGAAGUGGGCGUCGUCACUGGGCAUGUGUGUGUGCGCGCACAUUUGUGGGCGCACGUUGGUUAGUAUUUUUUUGUUUUAAGUAGUUAACAAUUCACCACUUCUUGAAACAUUUAUGCUUUAAAUGAAAACUGUGAACUUUCAGCUUUAUGUAUCGGUUUUUCAGAAGCUCAAAUAGUCAGCCCAGGAGAGGAUUAUUGACAGACUCUUGGAAUUCUCUCCCCCGAAGUCAGAACCCAGAAUAUAGGUUUUUUUUUUUUUUUUCCUUCUUCUUUUUGAUGAGAAGUUGAUCACCUGCUCACAGAUCGGUUUCCCAGGGCUCUUCAGAGAAGCCCCAGGAAGAAGCUGUGGGGCUGGGCGUUCCACUCCCCGGGUCACUUGGCCGGAAGCCCCCUGCGCCUUUGAGGAGUCAGAGGGGGAGCGUUCUCUUUGUGCUGCACGUUUUAUUUCCGCUGCUAAUUACGCUUUUAUGCAUUUCAUUAUCAGGGUCCAAAACGAACAACCGACUCUGGGGGGGAGCGUGCAAUAUCGCAAGGCUGUGAUUGUAAGGACUGAGGUGGGGGGCGGAGCAUUGGGGCAACAGACACCGCCCCUCCGGGCCAGGACCUGCCUGGUCCUGAGCCUUUGGCUUUUGUUCAAGGGAAAUGAGAUGAUGUCUAGGUCAGUGUUUUUAAAGCCUUUUUCCUUUUUUUAAACAAACACUGUAUAUGUAUAUAAAUAGGAUACAAAUACACACUACUUAUUUUUUAUAUUUUUUACUACACUUUUGUGUUUCUGCUUUCAAUUUCCCUCUCUGGUAACGUUAAGACACGUUCUUGUUAGCACCUGUUUCGUGUUGAGGGGGGCCGUGGGGCCCCUUCCCCACCAAGCACCAGGGGCAGAGACCGCAGUGUCCCCUAGGUAAACUCAUGUAGGGGCUCCGUUGCUCAAAAGCCUCUUUGGAAUUCAGAAAGGAAAAUGGCCGCUUUGCACUUGCUCUGCGUGGCCAAGUCCCUCCCUUUGCCUAAUCCAGGUGCCUUCAGGUGACUUUGGCUUCUUACAACCUGCAGUAUUAAACAGAGGUCAUUAGGAAAGGGAGAAAAGUGGGAAUUUUUACAAAAGCCAAAGACUGACCGAGUUACUGAGGGUCGGGAGAAGGGCUGGGUGGCUGGGGACACUGGUGGUGCCGUGACCCGGGCUGACUCAGGUCCAGUGCUUGUGUCUCUGCUCUUAGCCAGGAUUGCUGCUAACUGUUAACCGCUGCUGCUCUGUGGCUGCGUCAAAGGCUCGGGGCCAAGGACCAACCCUUGUGGUGCCUGGCCACAGAGAAAACACCAAAGUCUCCCGCUAACUUGUAAAGAAGUUUCCAGAACGGGAGAGAGUCUCUCCACCCUCCUGGGCAGCCCGGUCCCAUGCCUUCCUUAUAGAGGUAGCACAGCUGAUUCCAACACACAACAUCGUUGCUCCUUUUUUAAAAAAAUAAUUUUUCUUCCCGUGCCCGAGAUCAAAGGCCUCAAACUGUCGUGUGUUUCCUCUUUGAAGCAACAACAAGCACUUUACUUUCAUAGUAUUUUUUUUUUUCUCAUUGCUGUAGAACACCUUGGAGGACAGGAGCGUCUUGUUUUCGUUUCUUGGGUUUUUUUUUUGAGCGUGUGUGCUGUGUGCUGUGUGUUUGUAGAUUCCCUGACGGUGCCGUUCUGCAGACCACAACCGCAAUAGCCUAUUUAAAGACACUGCGUGAUUUAAGAUGUACAUACUUCUGUGUUUUGUGGUUUUUUUUUUUUUUUACCGUACCCGAAUCCUUUUUUUUUCCUUAUGUUAAAAUGAGAAAUGUAUGCCAAAUGAUUAGUCGAUGUGUGUUUUUUAAUUUAAUAUUUAAAUAAAAUAUUUGGGGGACAAGCCUUGAUUCUCUUCCCCGGUUUGUGUGUCUCUUUCCUUCUGAGCUGCUUCACUCAGAGGCUCUGUCCUCCAGGGUCGUUGAAUUUUCCGAUUUUAACAGAGCCUAGUGGGAACCCCUGCAUUCAGCCCUACCACAAAGCACUAAGCGGGGGGGAGUCUCCUCCAGGCAGGUGCAGAGCUCUCUCGUGAGCUUAAGCCUCUGUGGUUUGGGGAUGGAGCCUGCCCUCCCCAAGGUGCCUUGCUCUGGUAACUCGCUGGAAGUCUCAACACCCGGGUCUAUUUUCAGCUGUUUCUUCCCCUCCCCUGGCCCCAGCCCCAUCCACUGUUCUCACUUCUCCCAUAAUGUUCCCUAGGACUGCUUAUAAAAUAAGGUUUUGCAAGAAUCUCUCAAGCAAACUAUUCCCUGGUGUAUGAAAACUGUGGUUCAGUGGUAGAAUUCUCGCGUUCCAUGUGGGAGCACUGGGUUCAAUUCCCGGCCAGUGCACCUCAUGCUCAGCUGCCACCCAUCUCUCAGUGGAGGCUUGCAUGUUACUGUGAUGCCAAACAGGUUUCAGGGGAGCUUCCAGACUAAAACAGACUAGGAAGAAAAGCCUGGUGAUCUUCCAAAAAUCCAUGGAAACCCUAUAGAACAGAAUGGUCUGAUCCUAUUGUGCAUGGGGUCACCAUGAGUCUGAGGCUGCCUCAAAGACAGCUAAAAACAACAGCAAUAGGGCAGUGGCCCUGGGUGGUGCAAACUGUUAACAUGUUUGGCAGCUAACUGAAAGGUUGGAGAUUCGGGUCCACCCAGAGACGUCUUGGAAGAAAGGUCUGGAGAUCUACUUCCAAAAGAUCACAGCCACUGAAAAUGCUAUGGAGCACAGGUUUACUCUGACACACUUGGGGUCACCAUGAGUUGGAGUCAACUCAAUGGGAUUUGAUACUGGUAACAACAUGGCAGGCAUGUCUGCUUAUAAAAACAAAGGGUUAUGUUUAUUUUGACAUGUAGCCCAUGUUUUUAGUUAAAAAGUUUUGAGAGGCACAGUGCCAAGUGAGUGCGGAGAACCAAGGUUCACGGAGCAGGUACCCCAUGGCAAGCAUGUAUCUGGCCAAGAGGACAAAGGGCAGAUGACCAGGUGACCAGGACAGUUGGAGUCUGCGAAGACUGGGCAUAUGUUUACACUGUGCAUCAAAUGGUACAGGAAUGACGGAGCCUUGACCAACCUGCAGUCCUUCCAGCAGCCUGUUGUGUGAUCCUUGGAUGGAGAUGGAUGGGAUCUAAGUGGUUAGCAUGGAUCCCCAAGGUUGUCUGAGGAGCCUCCUAUGAUAUCCUAAGCAAAUGACGCCAUUUCUGAGUAGCCUCAGUGGAUAUUGCUGCUGGCUUAAGAACAAAGUUAUAACAUUUUAAAUUGCCAGCUAUCCUUAAUAUUGACUUCGUGAGCUGUGAGGCCGACUUUUGACAGGAAGGACAAAUCAGAUCAUGCAUCUCCAAGGGAGCUCAACAAACCUCACAUGGAAGCACCCACUCAGUCCUUGAUUGUGCCCAGGAACCCCUUGCCAGCAGAAUCCAGUGGGGCUGACGGGGCGGGCUCCAAGUGCUCUUGGCAGCCUUAGUUUGGCAUCACUGCUCAAGGAAGUGGGGCCAAUCUCUUGGCAUUGAAUUUGAGCUUUGUAGCAUUUGCUGUACCAGAAGACUGAAGGUUUGACGUGCUAACAGAAUAUACGAGUUUAUUGUUCUGGGGUAUGGGGCAGUGGUAGAAUUCUCACCUUCCAUGUGGGAGAUCUGGGUUCAAUUCCCGGCCAAUGCAUCUCGUGUACACCACCACCCAUCUGUCACAACUAGGACAGGCAAACUACUUCUGAAAAAUUGGGCGAUGAAAACCCUAUGAAUCACCAUGGUCUGGCCCACAACCAAUCAUACAAUGGCACAGGACUGGGGAGUUUUUUGUUCCAUUGUACAUGGGGUCACCAUGAGCUGGGGGCCAGUUCUAUAGCAUCUGACAACGACGUUGGACAUGUGGAGUCCUGUAAAUGAGUAAGAACGUAAGCAACAUCUCACGUCUGAACCUUUCAGUAUGUUUGGCUUUCAUAUUUGUGCCGUGUUAGUUAAUAACUUGUUGGACAUGUAUCUUGACUCCCCAACUAAAUCUGCAGCAGUUUGGGGAAUGAUUGCACCUCAGGGUGCUCCGGUGGCACAGCAUAGUCUCAGCUCACGGCGGCUCUUCCAUCCACCCUCGUUGCUUAAGCAAUUCCCCCGUUUCGUGGGCUUGGUGGUGGUUCUAGGGCUGGUGAUGUGCCAUCAUCAGCAUCGUUACAAUUAAACAGUGCUGCUUACAAUUCUCAAGGUGUAGUCGGAGGCCCCACUCAGGGAGUCUCACGGAAACCUCAGGAGGGGCUCUUUAGAACUCUGUUCUUGGCUUUAUUGAUCUGCUAGUUCCUGGAAUGCUGAGGGGCCCAGUGUGGCUGUGGAAUUGGCAGGUCCACGGGAUUCCUCACACCCCACCACCCAGGACCUUACUUCACCAGCAUUUCUGUACAGAAAUGGCCAUGCCUACUCAGGGUGUUUUGCAAGGGAUCUGCCUCGUAUGUUAUUUGUUCACUCCUGUUGGGUUUGGCAAAGGCUGGCCCAGGUUCUGGCCCAUCUCCCUCAUGGGAUUGCCCAUCACUGAGCGAUGGUGCACUGGGGGUCCUGAGUGCCUGCUGGUGAGAGUCCAGGUUAAGCACAGCCCCAAGAAGCAAGCACCACAGACCAAACAGCUGCUUCAGUCCCUGCUAAUACAAGACAGAGCUGUCCCUGACGGAGCUGACACACAGAGAAGCACAGUGGCUGAAGGACAUGACUUUGGUGUCCAAGUGGUCUGGUUUGCAUGCUGGCUUUGUGACCUUCCGGCUGUGUGACCUUGGACACAUCACUUGACCUCCUGUGCAUUAGUGUCCUUGUUUUCCAGAUGGCGCAGAUUACACUGGUGUCCCCCCAUCAGGGUGUGUGAGGGCUCCAUAGUUCAUGAAGUGCCUAGCACCGUGCCUGGCUGGCCCUGCAGACUCAGCCUCACCAAGAAUGGGGCGAGAUGUCCAUGCGGGAAGACGCAUCACAGGUUGACCAGAUGGCUCAGGGUUGGGCCACUUGUCUUAAUGCUGGUUGUAGAAAAUGUUAACUCCUCUUGGAGGUCACAGACCUUUACCCACUUGUGUCAUAUAGCUUGUGACACCUGUGAGUUUAUUUGUCACUGGAGUCUGUGGCACUCUCUCUGCUAGGCCAUAAACCAAAACCAAACCCAUUGCCUCUGAGUCGAUUGCUACUCAUGGCGAUCCCACAGGACAGAGUAGAACUACCCUGUAGGGUUUCCAAGGAGUGGCUGGUAGAUUUGAACUGCCAGCCUGUUGGUUAGCAGCCAAACUCUUAACCAGAGUAUAUUAGUGA